AUGCCGUAUCCUUCUAAGGCAGCUGCUCUUCUGAAAUUGGGAAUGAACAAGGACGGUCGCGUGAGUGGCAAGGGACAUGCUGAAACUGCCACUCUGCACUCGCCUCUUUGGCCCAUGAGUAAUCGAGAAGCGAGGCCGGACGUUUGGUCGCCGCAGAAACAAGCCAAUGUCGUCGUUGUUAAUGGGGGAGGUCUUAAAGAGGAGAUAUCCAGCAGGAAGGAAGAAUUUCAAUGCACAUCUGUUGCCCGAACACUUAUGAUGGGCAUCAUACUAUACUAUUUCAAUAUUUUCAAGGUACUCAUUCAACUCGAAAAAAACUCCCAAGGCGUGAAACAAUAUCUGAUUCACGAAGUUUCCGGUUUUUCAACUUUUUAAAAAAUCAGACCGGUGGCACAAAUUUUUUAUUGUAAAACUUCAACUUCUCGAAAAGUGGAAUGCAUUUUUCGAUCUCUGAAUUUCCUACUUCAAUCUUCAAGGUAAAGAUUCAAACGAUAGGAAGAUAGAUUUGCAGAACCCUCAGAAAGUUUCAAAAUUCUGUCACAUUGAAGAUUUUUAGUUUUCUAGGUCUUCGAUGCUAAAUACUGAUAAAUGCUUGAUUUUUUCUAAAAUUGAGUGGAAUUAAUUCAUUCAAACUUCUGGAGCGAGUUUCAUGAAUUUCACCUUCAAAGUUUUUUUUUCCUAAAUAGAAGACAAAAAAAAGAGAUGCGAACAAGAAACAUUGAAUAAAAAGAGCAUAACAACUUUUAGGCGAGCCUGGUGCCAGGUCAGAUUUUCGGGGUAACAAUAGGAACGCCAGAUGCGAUGAACAACCCGACCAAACUUGAUCAUCUCCAAUGCAGACGACGGUUUGACAGCAGUACUUGA